AUGGUAUUAAUUCAAACUAAUCAUCAAUCAAAACCAAUUGAAAUUAAUCAAUCAGCAGAAAAAGUUAUUGCAUUCCUUUUAGAUGUACCAACAGUUGCCAAAUGUUAUCCAUUUGUUGAUAGUGUUGUAAAGGUUAAUGCCAAUACCUACAAAUGGACCAUGCAAGAACGUAAAGUUGGUUCAAUUCAAAUGAAAGCCACUCACAUUGCCAAAUACACCAAAGUUAACGCCACCACCGUUCAAUGGGAAAACAUGACAGGAGGUAACAUGUCAUCCUAUGGUAAAUACACCAUUGUAUCAACUGGUGCCAACAAAUGCACAUUAUCAGCAGAAGCCAACAUUGAAACCGAUAUUGAAAUUCCAAAACUUUUAGUUGGUUUUGCUCGUACUAUGGGUAAUCGUGAAAUGACCCACACCUGGAAUGCCUUCCUCGAAUCAAUCAAGAAAACCGUUGAAACUGGUUCAAUCGUUAAGAUCGCCCCACAAGAAGACGUUGUCAAGGAUGAAAAAUUCGAAGGUGUCCGUUUAAAGGAAGAGAAACGUGUCGAAAACUACAACACCAUGGUCAGUGAUUACUAUGAUAUCGUCACUGAAACCUACCAAAGUGGUUGGGGUAAUCAUUUCCAUUUCGCUCCAUUCAAAACCGAUACUGAACCAUUAGAAACCGCCGUCAAACGUUUAGAACACUCUGUUGCCGAUUCCGCUCGUAUCACCAAGGACAGUUUAGUAUUGGAUGUAGGUUGUGGUGUUGGUGGUCCAACCCUCGAAAUCUGUCAAUACACUGGUUGCAAAAUCCGUGGUCUUAACAUCAAUAAGAAACAAGUCGGUAUUGCCACCCAAAGAGCCAAAGACCUCGGUGUCUCUGACCGUGCCUCAUUCGAUCAUGGUGAUGCCAUGAAAAUGCCAUACCCAGAUAACACCUUUGACGUUGUCACUUUCUUUGAAUCCACUUGUCAUAUGCCAGAUAAACAAGCUUUCAUCAAAGAAUGUUACAGAGUUUUAAAACCAGGUGGUCGUAUGUCUGGUUCUGAAUGGUUACAAUGUGAAAAACCAACUGAAAAAGAUAUCGUUCAAUUCAUUGAACCAAUUUGUGCUCAUCACUCUGUUCCACAUAUGGGUUCUCUCAUGUCCUAUCGUAGUAUGAUGGAAAGUGCUGGUUUCUACGUUCACAUCGCUAUGGAUUUAACUCAAGAAGGUAAUAUCCUCAGAAAUUGGGAAGUCCUCGAUAACAAAACUAUCAAUACCUUCAAAGCUCUUCCAAAAGGUUCUGUAGAUCCAACCAUUGAAAUGAUGAUUUCUGGUGCUAUCGCUUUAUCUGAAGGUGCUCGUGCUGGUGCUUUUGUUCUCGGUAGAUUCUUAUCUUCAAAACCAAAUGCUGCUAAACUUUAA